GCCAAAAGAUGGCUCAUGGCGUUGAAUGUGAAAACUAAGCUACUUGCGACUGCUAACUGUGACUGAAAUCACAGUUAAAUUAUGUAAAGUUGUUAUUGUGAUAUCUGUGACUUCUCGAUCACUGUGAUUUCUAACGCGAUUUCCUGCCCACCACUAUGUUGUUGACUGAUCUUAAUCUGGCGCCGUCUCGUGGUUUUGAGGAAAUGUGUGUGUUGCAUCUUCCAGAUGUAUAGAAUUGCAGCUAUGGACCAGAAGCCACCUGUGUGGAUGAAAAAAGAGGAAACAGAUGAAGUACCAUCGAAGUCAGGCUCCAUGGAUCAGGUUUACCCAUCCAGCAUGAAUGUAAAAGAAGAGUUGGAGGUUGGUGCGAAUAAAGAGUUAGAUGAUGGUGGCACCUCCAGGGAUAGUGAUCCAGCUCCAGCAUAUUGUGAACUGGAGGCGGACAGUGCAACUAACAACAUUGAGGAUGUCUGCCGUUACAGUAGUAGCAGUAGGUUUGUAGCAAAUGAUCAAGCAUCCUCACAGACAGUUCAGGAGUCACUAUAUAUUCAAAUGUCCACACCUAUGUCUUCAUCUAAGAAAAGAAAGUAAAAUGAAGACUAUGGGCCUGCAGUUCACCUGAUUGUGAAGGCACUCCAGGAAGAUGAUGAUAGUGAUGAAACAGAUCUGUUCAUUAAAUUUCUGGGAGCAGAAAUUAAAAAAAAUUAACUGUGACAAAAAGAAAAGACGUGUAUGAUUAGAGCUAAUGGGAGUACUGUAUCAAGCAUUAGAUGAAUAAAUUUAAUUUUGAAAUGUAAUUUGCUUCUAGGCUAAGGAAUUAAAUUCUGUGCCUGUCCCACUACCUGUAUCCUAACAUUACCUUCUGAAACAGGGAGUAAUAUGGGACCAUUUGUGUCUCCAGGCAGUGUUCCUUCAUAUGAUCAACCUGACUGCAAUUAUUCACAGGCAGUUGUAAAUAAUUAACAGUGUGCAGCAAAUCUCUCUAAAUCUGAUCAGGUGGAGAACAGACUGCUGUAUCACUCUUUUUGUGCACUAUGAUCAGUUUAUCUAAGUAAAUCAGCCAUCCAUUCUGAACCAUAUUAUAGGAGCAUAUGAAACAUUGCAUUAUAACAACCUAAUUUGUGUAGAAUUAAAUUCAAGGUUAAUAGCAACAUUAUGUAAUAGUGGUAGUUCCCGUAUUUAUGUACUUUGGUUUUGUAUGACAACAUGCUGUCAGUGAGGUGAAAUUUACCUGCUCUUUUUUUAGUACUUAUUUCAUUGACAGUGUGAAAUGAUGAGUUCAAUCAUCUACAUGAUAAAAGGGUAACAUUUCUUGUAUUUCCAUUUAAAAUGUCAUUGUUAAUGUGGGUGCAACAUGCUGUGUAACUUGCGUUGGCCAAAAUAUGAGUGCAGUUCUCUAUUCAGCUAAAUAAA